CAAACAGUCCCUUAGAAAAAAACCAAAAUUAAUAAAAACCAAUUCGCGAAUGAAUCAAAAUCUCUUCCCACUCUCUCUUCACUUCCCAAAAGCAUCAUCUGACAAAAUACCAUACCAAACGCUUUCUCUCUCUCUAUAUAUUUCUUUCUUCCUUUCUUUCUCUAUUGAAAAAAAUAAUUUUUAUUUCAAAAAAAUUAUAAAUAUAAAUUGAAAAAACGAAAAUGAUGGGAAAGAGAAUUGCUCGUUCAUAUGAUAGUAGUUUUCAAUUAAAUGAAAAAUCAAAAAACUAUUUAUCAUUUUCAAGAAGAGGAAGAAUUUCUAAUUUUCUAUUAGUAUAUUUAUUACUGAGAUGAUUUUUGUUUAUAUAUAUUCCCAAAUCUCACAACCGCACAUCUCAAUCACACGCACCAAUUGCUCACACACUAUCAUCAUCUCAUCUUUGAUUUUCUUUAUUUUUAUUUUUAUUCUCAAAGCUUACAGAUAGAAGGAAAGAGAGACCAAAUGAAACUGUGUGAAUCAAUCAAUCAAUCAAGCUUGAUGUUCUCUCGUCUUCUCCUUAACUAAGCUUCAUCUCUGCUUCGAUUUCGAUCUCCUCCUUUUUUCUAUGCUUGAUUGCUAAUUGCUAAUUUCUAAUUGCUAAUUUCAAUCUGGUAGCUUCGGCUUCUAGGGUUUUCAUCAAUGGACGGAAAUGGUAGUGCUGCUGCUGGUGAUGGUGGUAGUGGUGGUUCUGUGGAAGGAGAGAAGAAGAAGCCUCCUGAAGGCGAAGUUAAGUCUAAGCGGAAAAUGAAGACUGCUUCUCAGCUUGAGAUUCUGGAAAGAACUUAUGCUGUGGAGACAUACCCCUCAGAGUCGUUACGGGCUGAGCUUUCAGCUCAAUUAGGUCUCUCUGAUCGCCAGUUGCAGAUGUGGUUCUGCCACCGGCGUUUGAAGGACAGGAAGGCGCCGUCAGUGAAGCGCCAAAACAAGGAUUCACCAGCACCUUCUGCAACACCGGCUGGGGAGGAAAUGGGGCCGGUGACUGAGGUUGGAAAUGAACUUGUGUCAGUAUCUGCUUCAGGGUCGAGUCCAUUUGGUCAUGGGAUGGAUCCACGACGGCUGGUUGCCAGGACUCCGGGAGUGGCUGUCCCGAGGAUUGGUGCUGACAUGUCAGCAAUGAAGAGGUACUAUGAACCACAGCAGUCCAUAACAGAGCUUAGAGCUAUAGCAUUUGUGGAAGCUCAGUUGGGAGAGCCACUGAGAGAGGAUGGUCCAAUUCUUGGAAUGGAGUUUGAUCCCCUGCCACCAGAUGCAUUUGGUGCACCUCUAGCUUCAGCUGGGCAGCAGAAGCAGCCUGGCCGGCCUUUUGAGGCCACUGUGUAUGAGCGACCUGAUUUGAAACCUGUCAAGGGUGCUACUAGACCUGUGCAUGAGUACCAGUUCCUUCCACAGCAACCGACUGUUAGAGGAGAAGCAUAUGAAAGAGUUGCCCCAUCCUACCAAUACGGUUCACCGCUUGACGGUCAUAAUUCCAAGACUGCAGCAUCAUCGACAGUCCGGCCAUUUGUGCAUGCAAAUGAGCAAGUGCCCUCCAGUUAUGGUUUUCCAAGUCAGUUGCCCAGUCUAAAUCUUAUGCCCCAAGAAGGCAGGCAAAACCACCUGUUGCCAUCUGCUACAGCAGAAUAUGAUAAUAUGCUGCGAAAGACCUCCUUAACUAAUAUUGGUGUGGAUUCACAAUUUGGUGCUCUCCCAAUUACUGCAUUGGACAAUCCAUUUGUGCCAUCUGAUAGGAGAGUUACUCAUGAUGAGGAUAUUUUGCGCAUUGAGAGGAAGCGGAAGAGUGAGGAGGCAAGGAUAGCACGUGAAGUUGAAGCUCAUGAGAAGAGGAUUCGAAAAGAGCUUGAAAAGCAAGAUCUCUUGAGGCGAAAGAGAGAGGAGCAGAUUAGGAAAGAAAUGGAAAGGCAUGACCGUGAAAGGCGGAAGGAAGAAGAAAGGAUUUUGCGUGAAAAACAGCGGGAAGAGGAGAGGUACCAGAGGGAGCAAAGGCGUGAACUGGAGCGGAGGGAGAGAUUCUUGCAGAAGGAGUCCAUCAGAGCUGAGAAAAUGCGACAAAAAGAAGAACUACGCAGAGAAAAGGAGGCAGCAAGACAAAAAGCUGCUACUGAGAGAGCAAUUGCACGGAGAAUUGCUAAAGAGUCAAUGGAGCUAAUAGAGGAUGAACGCUUAGAACUCAUGGAAUUGGCUGCCUCAACCAAGGGAUUGCCUUCAAUUCUUUCUCUUAGCUUUGAAACUCUGCAGAAUCUUGAUUCAUUUAGAGAUAAGCUGGUUAGGUUCCCUCCCAAAUCUGUGCUAUUAAAGCGGCCUUUUGCAGUUCAACCUUGGAGUGAUUCUGAAGAGAAUGUAGGGAAUCUUCUAAUGGUUUGGAGGUUCUUGAUUACUUUUGCAGAUGUCCUUGGGAUAUGGCCAUUCACUCUGGAUGAGUUUGUCCAAGCAUUUCAUGAUUAUGAUCCAAGGUUACUAGGUGAGAUUCAUUUUGCACUUUUAAGAACCAUAAUUAAAGAUAUUGAGGACGUUGCAAGGACACCUGCCACUGGGUUGGGUGCAAAUCAGAACAGCGCUGCUAAUCCAGGUGGUGGACAUCCACAGAUUGUUGAAGGGGCAUAUGCAUGGGGUUUUGAUAUACGCAUCUGGCAACGUCACUUAAGUCCAUUAACCUGGCCUGAAAUAUUGCGACAGUUUGCCCUAUCUGCAGGAUUUGGGCCACAGCUGAAGAAAAGAAAUGUAGAGCAGGCAUAUAUCCGUGAUGAUAAUGAGGGUAAUGAUGGUGAAGAUGUGAUUACUAACUUACGCAAUGGUGCAGCAGUUGAAAAUGCUGUUGCCAUAAUGCAAGAAAGAGGAUUUUCUAAUCAUCGCAGAUCUAGGCAUUGCUUGACACCUGGUACUGUUAAGUUUGCAGCUUUCCAUGUUCUGUCUCUUGAAGGAAGCAAGGGUCUGACAAUAUUAGAAGUUGCAGAAAAGAUCCAGAGAUCUGGACUGAGGGAUCUCACAACAAGCAAGACACCAGAAGCUUCAAUUGCUGCUGCUUUGUCAAGGGAUUCAAAACUUUUUGAGAGAACGGCUCCUUCAACGUAUUGUGUGCGACCUGCAUAUAGGAAGGACCCAGUGGAUGCUGAGGCAAUACUUUCUGCAGCCAGAGAAAGAAUACGGAUAUUUAAAAGUGGUUUUGUAGAUGGAGAAGAUGCUGAUGAAGCAGAAAGAGAUGAAGAUUCUGAAAGUGAUGUUGCAGAUGAUCCUGAGGUUGAUGAUUUUGGUACUGACUUGAACCCUAAGAAGGAGGAUCACAAUUCUCCAGAAGCAAACAAGUUUAAUGCAAAAACUCAGUUUGAAAAUGGAAAGGAGGGCAGUGAUGUCAUGAGGACUCCAAAAGUUGGGCUUCAGAAUCUUGGUGAGGGUUUCUCUUCAAUGCAUUCUAAAGGCACUCAUGAAGCAAAAAAUGUCGGUUCUUCCAUUGAUCAAUCUGGAGACUUUCUUGGUGUACCCACUAACACUGAACAAGAAGAUGCAGAUAUUGACGAAAGCAACCUAGGUGAACCAUGGGUUCAGGGACUGAUGGAGGGGGAGUACUCUGAUCUAAGUGUUGAGGAACGCCUUAAUGCACUUGUUUCGUUGAUUGGUGUGGCAAUUGAAGGAAACUCAAUCCGGCUUGUUCUCGAGGAACGGUUAGAAGCAGCGAAUGCUUUGAAGAAGCAAAUGUGGGCAGAGGCGCAACUUGAUAAACGUCGCAUGAAAGAAGAGUAUGUGACGAGGAUGCAUUAUCCAUCAUUUACUGGAAACAAGGUGGAAACUAAUCUUACAACUUCUACAGCUGAGGUUAGGCAAAGCCCAUUGGUUACCGUUGAUAUGCCUAUGAAUGCUUCCGCCCAGCAAGAACAAUCUGAUGAUCCACAGAAUGACAUGACUUAUCCAAAUAAUAUGCCUUCUGAAGGGAACAUGCACAUGCAAGAUCUCUCUGCAGGUCCAGAUAAUCUCGCAUAUCAGCAACCAGGACUUGCUGCUGACAAGUCAAGAUCACAGCUAAAAUCCUUUAUUGGUCACAAGGCAGAAGAGAUGUAUGUGUACAGAUCAUUGCCUCUUGGUCAAGAUCGUCGACGUAAUCGAUACUGGCAGUUUGUGGCAUCUGCUUCUUGCAAUGACCCUGGAUGCGGCAGGAUCUUUGUUGAGCUUCAUGAUGGUCGUUGGAGGCUUAUUGAUACUGAGCAGGCAUUAGAUUCUCUGUUUGCAUCUUUGGAUGUACGUGGUGUUCGGGAAUCCUACUUGCACAUGAUGUUACAAAAGAUUGAGAUGCCCUUUAAGGAGGCUGUCAGGAGGAACAUGCAGUGUGCUGGCAUAGAAAGACAAAGUGGGGAAAGUGUUAAAGCAGAAGCAGUUGAAGUGGUUACUGGCCUUGAAUGCAGCACUGGUAUCGAUAGCCCAAACAGCACUAUAUGUGUUGUAGAUUCUGAUAUGUCUGAGAGCACAUCUUUUUCCAUUGAGCUUGGAAGAAAUGAAACUGAGAGGAAUAAUGCCUUGAGGAGAUAUCAAGAUUUUGGGAAGUGGAUAUGGAAAGAGUGUUUUAAUUCUUCAACAUUAUGUGCCAUGAAGCAUGGAAAGAAAAGAUGCAGACAACUGCUUGCUGUUUGUGAUUACUGCCAUGAUAUUUAUUUAUCUGAAGAUGACUGUUGUCCUUCUUGCAAUAAUACAUAUCAGCACUCUGGGAGUGACUUCAAUUUUUCUAAACACUCGACUCGUGAAGAGAAACUGAAGAUUGGACUUGACUAUAAUUUUAAUGGUUCAUCUUCUCCACUGAGGAUAAGGUUGCUUAAAUUGCAAUUAGCUUUGAUUGAGGUCUCUCUGACGCCAGAAGCUCUUCAACCUUUUUGGACUAAUGGUUAUCGAAAAUCAUGGGGAACAAAGCUGCAGUCCUCGUCAUCAGCUGAAGACUUGCUUGAGGUUCUGACACUGUUGGAGGGUUCCAUUAAGAGAGAUUAUUUGUCCUCGAGCUUUGAAACCACCAGUGAACUUUUAGGGUCAGACAAUCCAUCUGGACUUGCUGCAAAUGAUUAUUAUGGAAUGGAAAAAGUUACUGUUCUUCCAUGGUUACCACGAACCACAGCAGCUGCCGCUCUGAGGAUCAUGGAGUUUGACUCAUCCAUUUCAUACACACUGCAUCAAAAAGUGGAGUCUCAGAAGGACAGAGGCAAUGGAGACUUCAUUCUUCCUUCCAAGUUUGCCAUUGCUAAGAAUACCCAAGAUAAUGAAGCCGCUGAAACUCCUCCUCAUCAAGCUGGAUUAUUGCAAGAAGAGAGUUGGGUUGACAUAGCUGGAUUGGGUCGUGGGCGGGGGAUUCGAGGCCGAGGUCGUGGUCGUACCCGUGGGGGUAGAUCCCAGAGAAAGGUUACUGGUUCAAGAUCAGAAUCUAGCAAGAGAAGAAUGAGCACAAAUAAUGACAGAUUAGGCCAAGUACUCUCAUGGAAAACACAAUCGCGUGGUAGAAGAGGGCGUAAGCGGGGUCGUCGCAGCAUUAGAAGUAGGCAGAAACAAGUGAAGAGACCAGUUGAGCCCCAAAUUCCCAAAGAAACAAUCUAUGAGAAAACACCAAGGAGAUUGGAAAGAGAUGACUGGAAUGGUGAUGAAGCAAGAUUCCAACUACAGAAUGCUGAAAAUCUGAGCAGUAGCUCAGAAAAAUCAGAAUAUGAUGAUGACAAUGGUCAAGCUACAGGAGAUGAAUAUGAUGAUCUUGCAGUUGACGACUAUGGAGGUGGUUUUAAUGGCAAGUCCAAUGAGUUGCUCGAGGGAAGUGAUUAUAAUAUAGAUGUGAAUGAAGAUGAUGACGAUGAAGAAGAUGAAUUAGAUGAAGAUGAAGAUGAGCAAGGGGAUAUGGAAGUGGAGGGAUAUAUAAAUGGGGAUUCAGAUGAGGAUGAAAUGAGGGAACAGAAUGGGGACCCAGAUGAAGAAGGCAUUGGAUCUACAUCUUCAGAUUUCAGUGACUAGACAAGUAAGGUAGCAGGCAUAGAGAAAUGUUAAAUGCAUGAGUGAAGUUACUUGUAAUUUGUAUUCUUUAGUAUUCUGCACUAACAGAACUUGAAGAUGUAAUUUAUAGAAGAAAACAGUAAUUGUGCAUAGCCAAUAGCACCUCCACCGUACUUGAAAUUGAAUAACAAUCAGUAGUUCUUUCUUCGAAGUUUCCAACCAGUCUUCUGAAGCUCUUUCAGAGGAAGAAGAGGUUUUGCUUCGAAAUUGCUCUUAUUACACCCAUUUAUAUCAAAUGGAAGAAAACCAUCGGAUUUUUUA